AUAAUUAUUGUAAGUAUUGGAUUUAGAGAGCCCUAUUACUUUUACAACACACAACAUACGUUUUUUACUAACUGCGAUUAGUUCGCACACACAAGUACCAACAUGUAAAUAUUAGCAUUAAGUCUUUCCUUGUUAGCGUCUAAGUUGUAAAUUGAUCACUCAGAAUAAAGAACUCGAACAGAACACAACAGUCUUUUAAUUGGAACAUCGGCAGCAGCACCAAUAAAAUAUUCAACAGGUUAUGGGCCCAGGAGAACUCUGAAGAGAAAAAAAAUUAAAUUGCCCAAAGACUAAUUGAAAGUGAAAUAAAGUGCCAAAAAAAAUAAAAUGAACAUUAGAGAAACAUUUUACCAUUGUAAAAAUCUGUGUUGUGUGUCAACAUAAAGAAAAAAUAAUUUGAAAAACUGUGUGUCAGUUUUAAGUCGUGUGUCGACAUCAAAAUUAAAGAAAAAUGUCUUAUAUCUUGAGCAUAGAGAAAUUGUCAGAAGACAAUUAUGAAUCGUGGCAUCUCCAGAUGAAAGCCGUGCUGGUCCAUCACGAUCUAUGGGAGGUGAUCUGCGAUGAAGAGGCUGCCGAAAAGACUUCUGAGUGGAAGAAGAAAGAUGAUAAGGCUAUGGCAACAAUUGUGUUAAGCAUCACACCAGUGCAGUUGUCUCAUAUAAAAAACUGCAAAACAGCGAAAGAUGCUUGGAAGAGCUUAUCGGAUAUCCAUCGACCAAAAGGGCCAAUAAGAAAGCUUUUCCGCCAUGGUCCACGUACACCGGUCGAUACCUAUCCAAAUGAUCCAUAUAUAAAUGAGACAUUCUUUCCAUACGGCUGGGGACAUUUAACUAAUGAUGCGAAAAAGGAAUUAUUUAAAAUUGGCAAUGCAUUGGCCAAGAGAUACCAGCAGCUGUUGAAGCCGCACUAUAAACCCGAUCUUAUUUAUGCCCAAUCAUCGGCCUCACCACGCACCCUGAUGUCAAUGGCCACUGUAUUGGCUGGCAUGCUGCCACCUGUAAAUACUCCAAUGGAAUGGAAUUUUAAGCUGAAUUGGCAACCCAUACCCAUUGUUUCAAUACCGGAGGAAAUGGAUAUUUGGUUGCGCAUGAAAGUCCCAUGUCCACGUUAUGAUCAAGCGCUUAAUGAAGUUUUACAAUUGCCACAAGUGAAGCUGGAAAUUGACGACCAUAAAAGCCUUUUUCAGGAAUUAUCGAAAAUUACAGGCCUAAAUAUUACCACAGCAGCGGAUAUUACUUCACUUUACAUAACGCUCUUGGCAGAGCAAUCUUAUGGUGUGGAUUUACCCUCCUGGACAGAAGAUUAUUAUCCCGAUCGUAUGCAAUUUAUGGCAAAACAAAGUUAUAUCUACAAUGGCUAUACCACGGAAAUGCAACGCCUAAAGGGUGGACCAUUUUUGGAGAAAAUCUUUGGACAGAUGUUGGCCAAAGAAAAUGGCACCCUUCUACCAGAGGAGAGAACAAUGUUCGUGUAUUGUGCCCACGAUUGGACAAUAACAAAUGUUCUGUUGGCUCUCAAGGUGUGGCAAAGACAAAUGCCAAGAUUUUCAGCUUUAAUUGCUUUUGAGUUGCAUCAAAAUUCGGAGACUAAUGAAUAUUAUGUGGAGAUUUAUUUCCAAAAUGAUCCCCAAUUGGAACCACAACCCUUAACCAUACCUGGCUGUAGUUUUCAGUGUCCUUUGCAUAAAUUAUUGGAACUAACUGAAGAUGUUAUGCCAAGUACUCCAUAUGAAGAAAUGUGUAAACUGAAGUAA